AUGGUAAUCCUUCUGAUCUUGCUUCUGCUUCCCAUAGCCUUUUUCCUUCCCUGCGGGGCUUGGGCUGGUGAGAUCAUUGGCGGACAGGAAGCCAAGCCCCACUCCAGACCCUACAUGGCCUAUCUGGAAAUACAACGCAAAGGGAAGAUGUAUAUCUGCGGAGGGUUCCUGGUGUCAGAGAACUUUGUGCUGACGGCCGCUCACUGCAAGGGAGAUGAGAUCACUGUAUACCUGGGAGCCCAUAACAUUAAACAACAGGAACAGAGUCAACAGAAAAUCUCUGUGGAUCACCAGAUCAUCCACCCAAAAUACAACAAGAAGACACUUAAUAAUGACAUCAUGCUGCUGCAGCUGGAAGAGAGAGCGAAGCUGAACAGAUGGGUGGAUACCAUCACCCUGCCCCGCGCCAAUGAGACAGUAAAGCCCGGGACCAUGUGCAGUGUUGCUGGCUGGGGCAACACUAGGACAGAGUGUUUAUUGUUCCCAGACACACUCCAGGAGGUGGAUGUGGUGGUGAUGAAGGAUGCUGAAUGUCCGAAGAAACGUAAAGGGCCAUAUCAUAACUAUAACGCCUCCACCAUGAUGUGUGUGGGGGACCCAGCACAGUGCAAAGACUCUUCACAGGGUGACUCUGGGGGCCCCCUGGUGUGUGGGAAAACAGCCCAGGGCAUCGUCUCCUGGGGGCCUUGCAGAGCUCCCGGGGUGUACACAAGAGUCUCCACCUUCAUCCGCUGGAUAGAGAAGACGAUGAGGAAGUUGCAGCCCUGA